GUUUGGAUUAACCCCGCUGUAAAUGGAUAACAAAAGCGAAUAACUUACAUGGAUUACAACAAUUUAGCCGCGAAUCAGAAUAAGAGUUUCAAAAUCAAAAUUGAGGAAUACCAAUUAGAGGAUAAGGCUACUUAAGGAUCAACGGACACCAAGGAGAAGAGAUUUUUCUACACCAAAUCAAGAGACAAGAGACGAGGAGCGCAGAUUCAAUUCGUCGUUUUUGGCCAAGACAGCAAACAGAGGAACAGCAAAGCGGAAAUCAUUUUAUACCUCACACAACAACUACACACUAACUAAGAUUAGGCUACGCAACUGUACAUUGUACUUAAGUGUUCAAAGGUUAUUUAGUUUACUUUGUAUAUAAGGAAAGUAGCUAAAAGCACGGAGACGGGGGAAGCACCACAGUCACUAGACACUAAGCAGAGUCACAGUCACGAUCACGUUCACGCCAGGAUCAGGAUUAGCGGCGGGGUCAGCGGACGCUGAAGCAGCCGCCACGAUGACGAUGAGUACAAACAACUGCGAGAGCAUGACGUCGUACUUUACCAACUCGUACAUGGGGGCGGACAUGCACCAUGGCCACUAUCCGGGCAACGGGGUCACCGAUCUCGAUGCCCAGCAGAUGCAUCACUACAGCCAGAAUCCCAAUCAUCAGGGCAACAUGCCCUACCCGCGCUUCCCGCCCUACGAUCGCAUGCCCUACUACAACGGCCAGGGGAUGGACCAACAGCAGCAGCAGCAACAGCAGCAGCAGCAUCAGGUCUACUCCCGCCCAGACAGCCCCUCCAGCCAGGUGGGCGGGGUCAUGCCGCAGGCACAGACCAACGGUCAGCUGGUCUCGCAGCAGCAGCAGCAGCAACAGCAACAGCAGCAGCAGCCCUCGCAGAAUCAGCAGCCGCAGCAGGCGCCGCAACAGCAUCAGCAGCAAUUGCCUCAGGUGACGCAACAGGUGACACAUCCGCAGCAGCAGCAGCAGCAGCCGGUUGUCUAUGCCAGUUGCAAGCUGCAGGCAGCAGUCGGUAAUCUGGGCCUGGUGCCCGAGGGGGGAUCCCCGCCGUUGGUUGACCAAAUGACCGGCCACCACAUGAACGCCCAAAUGACGCUGCCCCACCACAUGGGACAUCCGCAGGCGCAGCUGGGCUACACGGACGUGGGAGUUCCCGACGUGACAGAGGUGCAUCAAAAUCAUCACAAUAUGGGCAUGUACGGACAACAGCAGACGGGUGUGCCCCCGGUGGGUGCUCCGCCCCAGGGCAUGAUGCACCAGGGCCAGGGACCGCCGCAGAUGCAUCAGGGCCAUCCUGGCCAACAUACGCCCCCUUCCCAAAACCCGAACUCGCAGUCCUCGGGGAUGCCGUCACCACUGUAUCCCUGGAUGCGAAGUCAGUUUGAACGCAAACGCGGAAGGCAAACGUACACGCGGUACCAGACACUGGAGCUGGAGAAGGAGUUCCACUUCAAUCGCUACUUGACCCGCCGGCGAAGGAUCGAGAUUGCCCACGCCCUGUGCCUCACGGAGCGCCAGAUCAAGAUCUGGUUCCAGAAUCGGCGCAUGAAGUGGAAGAAGGAGAACAAGACGAAGGGCGAGCCGGGAUCCGGAGGCGAGGGCGAUGAGAUAACGCCACCCAAUAGUCCACAGUGAAUCCAGAGCAGGAUGGGCUCACCAUUCACCAGUUCACCACUUCACCACUUCACCAGUUCACCAGUUAAAUGAAAUUUCUAUUUAAAUGCAAUUUACGUUAGUUCGGAGAGUGCUCCGAUCGAUCCCAGAGGACAUCCUAUCUAUCUAUAUCUAUCCAAUCCGUUGAACUGCGCGUGGAGCACACUAAACAAAGAGCAGAGCUGAGAACUCUACCUACAACUUAGUUAAUUGUUAUUAUUUUCUACUUAUUAUUUAAUUGUACACGGGCGAAUGGAGGAAGCGAAAGAAGAUAACGUAAACGUAAACGUCAACGUUAACGUAAAGAUAACGAUUACGAUGGAGAUACAAGUAAAGCGUAAAACUCAAACAAAACCAACUCAUGUGACCUCAGAUCUAAAUAAGCUAUAUUUAACUAUAAUGCAUAUAUUAUAUACACAUAAAUAUAUGGAUAACUAUACAUGAUACCAAGUAAAGCUAGAGCCAGGAGAGCAGGAGUUAGAGUUAUACAUAAAUAAAUAUAUAUGAAGCAUAUAUACUAUAUAUACACGAUAACAUUAGCUCUAUGCGUCAUAAGUACUGUACGAUUAACUUAUAUAUGUAUACACCCAGCAUAAACCGUAAAACCUAAAACGUAAACAUUAAACUAAAUCAAUGUUUGUAGCAAUCCUAGCGCAAAACUACGAAAUAAAACCCAAUAAAAAAUCUACAAAAAAUCUACAAGUGGCGUCGAAAUCCAUUGCAUGCUGGUUCUAGAACCCCCAAAACUAUUUCAUAAAUGAAAAUAACAAAAGAUUCAUUCAGACAAAGAGAUACCAAAAGACGUCGCUUAAAGUAAACAAUUCAAAAUAAAACCUAUCCACAGACAGACAGAAGUAUAAAGCUUGACAGAAUCGCAGGAUAUUGGCAAAACUUCAGAUGAUAUGUGUAAAAAUUCAUUGACAAAUUAAACAUUUUAAAACUCGCAAGUGGAGCCCAAUUUUGGGGUUUCCUCAAUUAUUUUCUUUAGUUUUUCCUUAAUUUGUAAUGUUUUGUGCAAUUUUUAGUUUUUUUUUUUCAUUGCAAAAGUAAAAUUCGAAUUAGGUCGAAAAGGAUAUAAAGUAUACCGAAAUGCAUAAAAUACGAAUUGGCAAAGUAAAGAGGAAUAUAAUUAUAAAUUGUUACAUGAACACAAAGAAUAUGUAUAAAUAAUAAAGGCAGACAAGAAAACCCCAUGUAAAGUAGUAAAAUGAAUGCAUUAUUAUGCAUUAAACUCCCCUUGAAGGCAGAACCGAGCGAUUUCAAUAUGAUUAUAUGCCUAAAAAACUAUUUAAAUGUAUGUACGUAACUCAAACUCAAUUUCCACGCCAUCUGUGGAAAUCCAUAUACCAAAGUCAAAGGAACGAAGGAGAAAAGAUUAAGUUGGGAAGGGAAAACUAUAAAGCAUAAUAUGUUUAUAUGUAGAUAUAUAUAAUUAAACAGCCUAAUAUAAAACAUGUAACUCUGUAGAGCGUUUCGUUUUGUAAAUCCUCUCCCUCACCCCAGAGACCCUUUCCCCAAAACCGAUUCCCAAUCCUAGUAGAAAGGAUUUGUGAUUUGCAAGAAGAGAAAAUAGUCAGCGAAAAUCGAAAGAAAACCUUCACAAUGCAUUGGCUAUAUAACACACCCUUGAGAGCGGAAUUCAACUCAAUCCAGAUACGUAACUUUCGGCCUCAUUCUGUAAGAAACUAAAUACAUAAGUUUCAACUUAAAAAUUA